CUUCAACAGCUGACUGCCAACUGUCAAAAAUCCUGUAAAACGCUGAUUUUGGAAACUAGACAAAAAUCCAUUAAAAAAAUCAUAAAUUUCUUUAAAAAGUCCUUAAUUUUAAACUGGAAUAAUGUUACCCUCGGAAGUUUUAUCAACCGAAAAAGGAAAAUUAACAGAACAAGAUUUCAAUUUAAUAGCACAAGCUCAAGAUGAGUUUAAUAAACAAUGCUAUGAUAAAUGCAUGGAAACUCUUCACCAGUUGGAACAGUCAAUGGGCAAUAUAUUCAAAAUUCAACACAAUAAAUGCAUAGCUGAAUUUUACAAAAACGAUUGCAGGAAUCACGACAUAUUGUUGCAAAUGCUUGAGAACGAAUCAACUGAGCCAAACAGACCCCGCAGUGCAAUUGUUACAUAUAACAAAGCAGUAGUCUACUAUCAUAAGCGCAAAUAUUUUAGUGCAAUUGAUAUUCUUAUGCCAUUGGUGGAAAGGUUAGAUGACUUGGAAGAAUCCAUCGUUUCAAAUGUUGGCGUAUUAGUUAUAAGUUGUCUUUUGGCUACAAAUCAACUAAAACGAGCUCUAGCUUUUCUUGAAGCUAUACAAAUCCAUUUGGGAAUUAACUUGGAUACUGUCACUGGUGAAGAGAACACAUCUCCUGAAAUCUUAAGUAGCAUCGAUGGUUUCAAUCGAAUAUUUAAAAUGAUUGCAAUGAUGACAAAUGUCCUCAACAGGAGAACUGUUGUUAUUCCUGAUGAUGGGACUGCUGAAUUUGCUGCACUCAAAGCACAUCAAUACUAUCUAAUGAAAGACUUUCAAAUGGCUGCCAAACAACUUUCCAAAAAAUUCACACUUGGAUGUUAUGGUGUUGAGACUCAUGGCGAGGAUCUGGAUACAUGCAUUGCAAACAAUAUGGGAAUUAUUCAUUUGAGAGUUCGUCAUUAUGCUGUUGCAGCUAAAUUCUUUCAAAACGCCAUUACAUUCGAUAGCAAAUUCUCUAGCAAUCUGAAAAAUGUACCCUUGCAUUAUCUAAGUGCACCUCGUUCGCGUGAAGUUUUAUAUAAUCUGGGUAUUUCGAUGUUACAUUUGAGACGACCGAAAGAGGCAUUCGAAUGUUUUCUCAUAGCUCUCAAGACUUAUCACAAGAAUCCCAGACUUUGGUUUAGACUGGCAGAAGCUUGCAUUAUGUUUAAUGAAAUGUCGAAUUUGGAAAAUGAAAAGAAGCCCAUUAUAGCUGCAAUAAUUUGUCCUGGAUCUCGACGGAAGUUCAUCUUUCAACCUACUCCCAAACUUGCCUACCCAGAAAAUGUCCAAUCCGCUGCUAUUCCUGAAACUAACUUAGAAUUUGCGGCUUUAUGUCUACGCAACGCCCUCUAUUUAUACAACACCUACAAAACACAAUUUACAACACACAAUACAGAAGAUGCUGACACACAAAGCUGGACCUCUAUUAACGAUGACAACAUUUGUAAUCCAUCUAUGCCAAUAUCCAAGGAGUCAUUUGCAAAUCUUGGUGCGGCGAUAGUUGCUGCAUUCAGUUAUGUUUCACUGCGCUUAGGAGAUUAUGUAUUGGCAUUGGAAUAUGCAAGUGAUUUGUUGCGAAUGGAUGGCAUUUCAGAGUCAUAUGAAAUGCUCGGACAUAUGUACAGUGGAGAAGCUUUAAUGAUGAUGGACAAAUUGCCCGAAGCUCGUAUUCACUUGGAGCCAAAAUUCAUUUCGGCACCGAAUGCCUUUGACUUUGAAACAAAAGAUUGGCAAGUCAAGUCAAUCGAAGCGGCUCAUUCGAUUAUGACUUACAAUCUAGUUGUUUGUAUGAUAAUGCAAGGUGAAUUGGAUAUUGGCAAAGCCUUACUUACAACCUGUACUCAUCCAAUUGUAAAUGCAAAAGUAAUGGCCUUAAAGACGUAUAUUGAUAUUGUUGCUAAAGGUGGUCCGUAGAUCUUGUCAAGAAAGAAAUUAAUUGGAUAAAGUGUGUAUCAUUGUAGAUAUUAUAUCUAUAUAAUAUUAUAUUCUAUUAUUAUUAUUAUAUUUUAAGCGUUAUAUGUUUUAUAAUUAUGUAUAUUAUAUAGCAAAA